UAGUUGUCUGAGCACAGUACAGAGGCACACUCUCAAGACCCUGAGGAUCAUUAACACCUCAAGACCAAACUGAACUAGUAAUAUACGAAAUGGAUCAACAUAUCUACGGCAAUGUAGAAGAACCAUCAUAUAAUCGACGCAAGAGGAAAACAUUUUCAGAAAAUAUUUAUGAAAAUGAAAACAAGAGUCAUGCUCAGGGACCACACAGGACUGGACCUGCACUCUCAGUUUCAGGUGCUGACGAUAUAAAGAAGAGUUCCUGCAGAGCUGCUGCAGUGUUUCUGGGUCUGCUGUGUCUUCUCCUCCUGGCUGGACUCAUAACUCUGGUUUUCCUCUACACCCGAGGCAGGUCUGAGUGGGAAAAGGAGAUGGUCCAGAUACAGACCGACUACAGCAACCUGACUAGAGAGAGAAAUGAGUUAAACAACAGUUACAACAACCUGACUGAAAAAUUAGAGCAGCUACAGACCAGCUACAACAUCCUGACUAGAGAGAGAAAUGAGUUAAAGAACAGCUACAACAUCCUGGCUGAAGAACAAGACCAACUUCAAAAAAGGUUUGAAGAGAUGAACAAUGAGAGAAAAGAUUUUCAAAGAAUGAUUCAAGACAAACGUCACUGUGGGUGCUGGAGAAGUUUUGGCUCCAAAUAUUACUACAUAUCCUCUGAGCAGAAGACCUGGGAGGAGAGCACAGAGGAUUGUCGGCAGAAAGGAACUGACCUGGUGAUCAUCAAUAGUGAAGAAGAACAGCGAUUUCUUAUUGCUCUCAACAAAAGAGUUUGGAUCGGGCUGACUGACCAAGAAGAGGAGGGUGUCUGGAAAUGGGUGGAUGGGUCAGCUCUGAGCACAAGGUAUUGGUUACCUUCACAGCCUGACAACUAUGGAGAAGAGGAUUGUGCAGAGAUCCCAGUGGAUGACCAUGACCCUUUAUUGAAAUGGAAUGACAUACCUUGUUCACAAAACAAUUUCUGGGUUUGUGAAACAGUGGAUGUGUGAAAGAAAAUAUGACAAUGAAAUGUAUGUUAAAGCUGUUAAUAAUCUGAUUAUUGGAGAUGAUCAGAUAAAGUGUGUACUCUGGUUCUUGUUAUUGAGACUAAUUUCAAAUAUAUUUGAAAUAUAUACAUUUGCUUUCAAUAAAGUUUUGAACUUGUCAAACAUCUGUUGUGUUUCACUGUUAUCCUCAAAAAUAAUUCAUUAUCUGAUGUGCCACAGUGAAAUGAAGCUUGUUUUAUGUUCACUUCUGACAUAACCUGGAUACUGUGUGAUCCGUGGGGCAUGUGUGAUGAUGCCAUCAAGUGUCUGUUGCAGUGGAUCAUGUCUAUUUUUCCAGUAUCACAGAUGGUAGUUCCCAGUGUGUAACAACACUGCAUUGUAUCAAUAAAAACACAUCCACAGCACUAUAACAACAUGAGCAUGUAUAAUCAUAGAUUUAUACUCAUACAUUAACUAAAACAUUUCCAAUAUCUGCAGCUUGGGAAUCAUUACUGUCAUGAUUUAUUUCUUGACUUUAAUUUUUUUUGUAAUAAAAACUGUGAGCAGCAUAUUUACAUAAUAUCACAGUAAUGUAGUCUAUUGUCUAUUGUUUGGACUAAUUGUGUACUUUAUUCAGUUUUUAUUGAUACCAUGCAUCAACCUUACCCACUGAGAAUAGUUUAGUGAUAUCCCAUAUAAAAAGUAAUCAAAUUCCUGAUGUAAUAUUGCUGAGUGUCGUCUAGUGUCAUGUUGUUUAACCCCCUUUUCCAUACUUUUGUGUGGUUGUUCAUUAGGGACACCAAGCAUUAAUCAGAACAAAGUCAAAAUUAAAAGAACAUCGAUAGCAAUUAUUUUUAUGGCUGUUUGUUACAGUGGCCCAAGCAAAGUACAAAUCACAUACAAGAGCGACAGCACAAAUUUCAUAUAUGAUGUUAUAUAUCAGAGGAUUGCAGAGUCACAAUCAGGAGCAUAAGGAUGACAAUCUUUGGAUGUUCAACAUCACAAUUGGACAUCAUUAGGCUUUUUUCACAUCUUUUUCACCUUUUUUAAUAAUGGGAAAAACACAGGUGUUACUAAUAAUAUUGAUGAUGGCUUAGAAAAUCCAAGACAGGUGUAGUCAGUGAUCCACAGAUAUGUAGCAUGUCUUCUCAAGUUCCAUUGCAGCUGAUAAAUAAUACUGACACAGUUCUGCAUAAGUCAACAUUUGUCUUCAGACAUUUUCAGAAAAUUUGUAGAAAUAACUGUAGACAUGUGGCACAGUUUGCUGGCCAAAAUCAGGAAUUUUACACAUACUAAUUCUACUACUACCUAGUAUGACAGGGUUUCUGUGCAGCCCAUGAUGCUCCGGGACUCACAGGCCAUUUCUCUUACCACCUGCAAGAGCCAGUUUCAUGUAGUCUAUCUUUUACUGCUCCAGGUCAGUUUUCACAGUUUCUAGUUGCCAUGUUAAAAAAAAAAAGGUCAGCAUCAUCCAUUUAUCUGCAGAAGAAGAGCUGCAGAGAA